AUGAGCAAGACGAGCUUAGAUUAUGCGUCAAUUAGCACCCAUAAAUGGAAGAAUAUACCUAAACCUCCUGGCUUUGCCGAGGUUACAAAGGGAAGCACUCAAUCCCCCGCGCAACUCAAGUCGAAGGAAGAAUCAUACGAAUCCUUGAAAGAAAAGCGUGCGUGGGAUAUGGCGAUUUCGCCAGCAAAAUCGCUACCUAUGAAUGCAUUCAUGCUAUACAUGAGCGGCAAUAGUGUCCAAAUCUUCAGUAUAGGCAUACUAGUCAUGUUACUUCUCAACCCCCUCAAGGCGGUCGCCAAUAUCAACUCGGCUUUCGCGUCAUUUGCUCCCAAGAACUCAGACCCAUCGGCUUUCUCGACCCUCGGCCUUCAAAAGCUAGCAUUCAUUGGGUGUAAUAUUUUAACUAUGGCUCUAGGACUCUACAAAUGUCGUUCCAUGGGUCUCAUUCCAACUGGCACAGGGGAUUGGUUGGCGUUUGAGACACGAGGCAUAGCUCCAGAGACACUACUUUAUUAA